CCCUAGUUUACUGUUAUAAACAAUCUGCACUUCCGUUACUCUCUAAUGUCAAUUAAACUUUUCGUCAACGAUAGCCUCAACCUGUCACAUCUGAGUCGGUAGACGAGAAGCUGGAAAGUCGAUGGGCAACAGUUGGCUGUUAUUCGACCAGUUAUAGUACGUUGUUGUGGAGGACUAUGCCGAAUAUUCAAUAAUGAUAAUACUGACAGCCUUCGAAGAGAGUAUAAGGCUUAUAACGUAUACAUGGUGCACCGCGCCGGGCAACCACUCGAUUAAGACGACCAGAUGCUGGGGUGUACGUGUAGGAGACGUUCCAUGAAAACAUGGAUCUUAGGUUUUCUUUUCCUCGGCAUGUUGGGACUACUAUUCAACUAUAUAAACGUAGAACGACUUCACGAAAACAUAGCAUUUGGCAAGCUGGCCUCUGCGCCAUUUUUCUUGGGCGACAAACCCGGACAGCAUCUUGCUGCGUCAAUGGAAUCGGUUUAUAAGGAAGGAGUGACGGGCAACUUUGAACCUCCGGCGGAGGCGGUUGGCACAGGACCUGGUGAGGGCGGACGACCUGUGAAGGUUGAGAGAUCGGACUACUCGUCAAUGCGUGAUUAUGGCUGUGAUAUGUCAGUGAGUGACAGGAUAUCCCUGAAUCGCACGAUUCUUGACACCAGACCCAAGCAAUGCGUGUUCUGGCACUACCCGACCAAUCUGCCCAGUGCCUCUGUGGUGAUCGUUUUCUACAACGAAGGCAACACGACCCUCCUGAGGACUGUCCACAGCGUCAUUAACAGAUCCCCGUCCUCGCUCCUGAAGGAGGUGGUCCUUGUGGACGAUGCAAGCACAAUGGGUCAUCUUCAAAAACCACUAGAAUCCUACAUCCAGCGUUUCAACGGGUUGGUCAAAUUGUACCGAAACGAAGAAAGGCUGGGGCUCAUAGGUGCCCGGAUGAGGGGAGCAAGGGAGGCAACUGGAGAUGUCUUUAUAGUGCUUGAUUCUCACUGUGAAUGUAACGUGAACUGGUUACCGCCCUUGCUUCACAGGAUUGCACUUAACAGAUCGACGUUGGUACAACCGACCGUUGACGUCAUCAGCUACAAAGACUUCUCCUACAACAAUAUAUUCACCAAGAUGGUGAAGGGCGUGUUCGACUGGGGCCUUCUGUAUAAAGAGAUGUAUGCGUCUGAUAAGGAGCAAGCGGCCACAUGGAAACACAACUCAGAACCUUAUGGUACACCAACACACGCCGGUGGGCUGUUUGCUGUCGAUCGCAAACACUUCUUUGAUAUCGGAGGUUACGAUGACAACUUACUGGUGUGGGGAGGAGAAAACUUCCAGCUGUCUUUCAAGCAAUGGAUGUGUGGGGGUAGCAUGGAGAUGGUGCCCUGUUCGAGGGUAGGACACGUCUACCAUUCUACAAUGCCGUAUUCGCUCAAUAUUAAUAAAAAGAAGCCCAUCAAAAUGUCUAUUAUAAAACACAAUUAUCUACGUGUUGUGGAGGGGUGGAUGGAUGAGUACAAGGAAUAUUUCUACAUUCGUGAACCAAACGUACGACAACACGCACACGAGGUGAAUGUCACAGACCAGUUGGAACUCAGGAAGAGGCUGGGAUGUAGGAGCUUCAAAUGGUACUUGGACAAUGUAGCCUAUGGCAUUCUGGAAUAUUUUCCACUACCCCCACCAAACAAAGCGUGGGGAAAUAUCCAUGAGCGACAUGGAAGCCAGUGCCUAGCGAAAGGAUCCAGUUUAAUAAUCGGUUACUGUGGUGGCGGGGUGUUCAGAUACAAUACUGCAGGACAGAUAUCCACGGGGGAAUUCUGCCUGGUUUUCACAAAGCAAACAAAAGUAUUAACGUUUCCCAAAUGUCCUGAUGGAAGCAGUCAUCCUUGGGACUGGAAUCAGGAAACAGGCUUAAUCCGUCACCCGGAGUUAAAUCAGUGCCUCACCAGUGCACCCGCAGUAUUUCUUUCAGACUGUGACAAUAACAAUCCCAAACAACAGUGGGAUAUGAAGGCGACGUGAUUGGAUGAACAAUAUGGCUCUUUCCACCAAGAACAUCUCUGUGAUAUUGCAUUGGGGGUGAUGUCGUAUUUGAGACCCCGCGAAUAUGUCCGCUAUAGGGGCCUCAACAAGGCCUCAGCAAUUCAUGAUUGACAACGAGGACACAAUUUAUGGAUAACACACACUUCCGUUGUCAAGCAAAGACUGAAACGUCACUAAAAUAGCAUAUUACAGAAGUUAAUUCCAUAAAUUGUGUCUACGUUGUCACCAGUCAACUCGUAAGAAAUGCCUAUCAAAGAAUUUCAAUCAAUUUUAAUAGACCUUAACACUGAGAUUGCCGCAACGCUUUGUAAAACGGGCCCCGAGGGAUGAUAAUUUGUCCUCGUACCCAAAAGGCAUGGAACGUUGCUCGUACUAUCAACCACCGCCUUUCCUGACCCUUACUCGUUUGCUUGCGAACAUCGUUACAGAUCUAGAGAUUGAAUAUUAAUGACUGCGGCAAAGAAAAUCAUUAUCGAAACAAUCUUUAUUUAAGCUGGGUUUUUUUUUCUUUUUAAUUUCGAUGACUCCAACACGAUUAAUGAUCAUUCUGAUAUUGACAAGAGGGAAGAAGAUAUACUGGAACGUUUGAGAUGAAACUUGAUUAGCAGGGAAAUACACUGCCUCUUAAAAGAGAGUACACUCCCAUGGUUUAUGGUGGCUAACAACGCAAGAAAUGCUUAUUCGGUGGUGCUGUGUUUGAUACGAGUAUCAUGAUUGUGUUUGGGACGUGUAUCAUGAUUGUGUUUGGGACGUGUAUCAUGAUUGUGUUUGGGACGGGUAUCAUGAUUGUGUUUGGGACGGGUAUCAUGAUUGUGUUUGGGAUGGGUAUCAUGAUUACGUUUGCAGUACUAGUGUUUCGGCGCCUAGAGACGUUUUGAUAACGUUUGUCUUUUUUCGGAAAUAAUAUUGUGAAGUGGAUUUGUAAAUCUUGAAAAAGGAUCUUUAAGUAACUCUAAAUUUUUAAAGCUUUGAAAUAACCUCUUUGCAAGUCGGAAGUAAAGACUGUAAUGUUGAUUAAUAAAAACAAAACAUAUUGCUUCUUGACACACAAUACAGAUGUCUGGGACGAUACUGAGUAGAGUCUUUGUAAAGACUGUGUACAUUUUUAAAGUAAAUGCAUAUGUAUUCUUUA